AUGGCGGUUGUACGCCGGUGUCCGAGCAGAGUCGUGUUUUUGGCUGUCGUGGCCGCUUUGAUGUGCGUAAACGGGAACCGGUCGGUUUUCUUUGCGUCCGCUAAGAAAGCUGAAGUUGUGCACGUCGAGCAGGAAGUGUGUGAACAGGUUGAAAAGAAGGUGCAGAGUACAUGCUUCAAAGAUGUGACCACGAAAGAGGCCUAUUCAUGCCCUGUGGUCCAGGAGAAGGAAGUAUGCAAGAACGUCGCCGUCGGCGUCCCCAGCACGUGCUUCAAGAAAGUGACAGAGAAGCAGGCGUACAGCUGCCCCAAAACCAAGACUGAGAGGCAGUGUCGAGAUGUGGUUGAAACUUGCUACAAAACCGAGAAACAGCAGCGAGAAUAUCCGUGCGAGGGCAAAGAAACGUGCUCCAUGGUCCCCGUGGAGGUGCCCGACACGUGCACCCGUUCGGUAGACCAACAGCAACCCUACGCAUGUGAGAAAACGAAAAUGGAGCAAGUGUGCACAGAAGUCGCAGUGACAGUUGACAAAACGUGCCACAAAGAGGAACUCCAAACUGUUCCGUACGCUUGCACAAAGACAGAAUACAAACAGCAGUGUAAAAAAGUUGCGGUGCCGUCGGCGGCGGCUCAGAGCACCUGCUUCAAGACCGUCAUGAAGACACAGGACUACGCGUGCUCGAAGACACAGAUGGAAAAGAGUUGCGCGCAAGUUCCAAUUGAGGUGAAAGGCAAGUGCCACCGCAUGGUGCCGAAGGAGAAGUCCUACAAGUGCAAGAAGACAGAGGUCAAGCAGAAGUGUAAGAAAGUGAACGUUAAGGUUCCGGCCAUGUGCACAAAGAACGUGAAGGAGAAGCAAGCGUACGAGUGCACCGAGACCGAGUACAAGACGGAAUGCGUUGUCGAGGUUCCAUGUAAAGAUCAGAAGUGCAAAAUGCGUCGACUGAACAAGAAGGACGGGGAGACCCAGGCGACAAACUGCCAGACCAUCCCUGUCCAGGUGAGCAAGACGUGCUACCGAGAAGUCGACGCCGUUCAGGAGUACGCGUGCGACAAGAAGGAACAGCAGGAACAGUGUACCGACCAAGAAGUAGAAGUGAAUGAUACGUGCUACGAGACAGUCGAGGUGAAGGAAGCGUACGACUGCAUCCAGGUUGACUACAAAGAGGAAUGCAAGCAAGUCGCUGUACAGGUUCCAGCGACAUGCACGAAGGAGGUGCCGUUCCAAGAGGCGUACCCCUGCCCUCCAGUCAUGGAAAUGAAGGAACAGUGCGAACAAGUGGCUGCUGAAGUCGCAGCAACUUGCGAAAAACAAGUGGCCGUGCAAGUCCCCUACUCGUGCCCUGCGACUGAAAUGAAAAUGCAGUGCAAGGAUCAGGCCGUUCCCUACCAAGACACUUGCUACAAGACCGUCAAAGUCGAGGAGCAAUACCCAUGCACGAAGACGACCAAGCAACGCCAGUGCCACAGGGAAACGAAGAUGUGCACCGAAAAGAUCCCCGUGGAAGUUGCGUACGACUGCACGAAGAAGCAUUGCGAGAAAGUCGAAGUCCAGGUGGACGACACGUGCUACAAACAAGUCGAGGUCGAGCAGCCGUAUGCAUGCACUGAGACAAAGUACGAGAGCAAAUGUGGAGUGGAAACGUACACAGAACCGAAGACCUGCUACAACGACGUUCUCACAAAGCAGGCGUACCCGUGCUACGAAACAAAGAUCGAAACCGUCUGCAAACCGUGCGCCGCGAAAAUCAAAGUCACCCCCGAGAAAGUUCGAGAACCGAAGAACUCGAAAACCAAGACGGAAGAAGCAGUCCCUAUCCUCGUUGAACAACCCGUCGUCGUCCACGAGGCCCCGCUUCCCUCUCCCGUGAUUGUGGCAGACAAGGCGCCAUCGACUCCGAUGGUUUCUUCAAAGAAAGGAGCCUCCUUCAUGUAUUAA